GAAGGAGGCCCCACGGGACGAGAGCCGCGGGAGCCCAACCCUAUCCUCGGCGGCACACCUCGUGAUCGAAGAUGAGCUCCCGGGUCUACCGAUCGGCUCCCCGGACGGUGAGGGCUCUCCUGGCCGCUUCCCGGAGCUCGCCGCUCUUGUCCGAAGGGCGAACUGCAGCAGCAGCUACAAUAACCACGCUCGGAGGAAAGCCGCUAUCAGUAUCUUCAUUUUAUGAGAAGGCUGAUCUCAGGAAUACACCAAGGGGAUGGGUUUCUGGUCUUAUUUCCAUUCCUGCUGCAGCAUACAUGUUUCAGGACCAGGAGGCACAUGCUGCAGAGCUAGAACGCACAUUUAUUGCAAUUAAGCCUGAUGGAGUGCAAAGAGGACUGAUUGCAGAGAUUAUAUCACGUUUUGAGCGCAAAGGGUAUAAGCUUGUUGCCAUCAAGCUGAUAGUUCCUUCCAAGGAGUUCGCUCAGACACACUAUCAUGACCUCAAAGAUAGACCUUUUUUUAAUGGCCUUUGUGAUUUUCUUAGCUCUGGUCCUGUGCUUGCCAUGGUUUGGGAAGGAGAGGGAGUUAUAAAAUAUGGUCGAAAACUAAUUGGCACCACAGAUCCACAAAAAUCUGAGCCUGGAACAAUCAGAGGAGAUCUUGCUGUGGUUGUUGGAAGAAACAUAAUUCAUGGAAGUGAUGGGCCUGAAACAGCCAGGAAUGAAAUUGCUCUGUGGUUUGAACCUAGCGAGUUAGUUUCUUAUGCCAGCAAUGCCGAGAAAUGGCUCUAUGGAGUCAAUUGAUCAGUUUCUUGGUUUUUUGGUAUCUUUUGGUGCUCAAUAAUUAUCAGAGGUUGCAAUUUUUUUUUUCAUUUUAUAGUGAGCAAAAUCCACCUGCUGGGAAGUACUUGUCAUUAACAAAUUUUCUGAGACAGGGUUGUGAUCUGGGAUAUGUAACUUUGGCAAUAAUAAGCUGCACACUUAUCAUUCAAACAACACUGAUUGUUCCGUUUCAUCA